AUGCCGCCGGCUCGGAAGAAGCGAGGGGCGGCCGCGGCAGCAGCCGCGGCGGCUGCGGCGGCACAGUGGAAGGUGGGCGACCUCGUGCUCGCCAAGAUGAAGGGCUUCCCGGCGUGGCCGGCCAUGAUAAGUGAGCCAGAGAAAUGGGGCCUUUCAUCAGUUAAAAAGAAAUUGCUGGUCUACUUUUAUGGAACUAAGCAGAUUGCUUUCUGCAACUAUACUGACCUUGAGGCAUUCACUGAAGAGAAAAGGAAAUCUCUUCUUGCGAAACGGCAUGGCAAAGGAGCAGAUUUUGUCCGAGCAGUUAAGGAAAUUGUUGAGAUUUUUGAUUCUUUAAAGAAAGAGGGCGAUAAUAAGAAAGAUACGACUGGAACAGAUGUGAGGCCAGAUGUUGAAAGUAUUACCCACAAUAACAAUUUUGACCAUGGAGGCUGUGAGGAAGGUUCUGAUUUGGUCGAUGAUAACAAGCUAGACAGCCUCCCUGCAUCUUCCAUGGAUCAUAAUGUGACUAACAACCCUGGCUCAAAUAUUACCACAAUUGAGAGUGACCGCUGUGUAGUGAAUUCUGCACCUGAUGAGCCUUCUAGUUCAUUCUCAAAGAAGAGCCGAAAUGAUGUUCGGCAAAAAAAUUCUUGUGCCUUUGGUAAUCUUACAUCUCCACGGAAACUGAGAAGUUCAUUAGUUACUGAACUAAGAACAACGGAGGAUUCUUGUGGGCUAAUGAGUAAUAUUAAUCAACCAUGUAUUGAUAUGAUCUCUGAUGACAAGAAGGUGAAUUCUUUUCAGCAUAGAUGCACUGGUGACAACAAACCAGAUUCAGAUUCUCUUCCAGCUAGAGAGGAUGAUGUGUUGCAUUCCAGCCAAGUUACCUCCAGUAAGCCUGGAGACUCUGUUGUGGUUAUUGAUGAUAAAAGUUUGAACUCCAUUGCCAAUGUACAAGAUAUUCAUCAUAUUGAUGCAUCUAAAAAAGAGGUCAAACAGAAUGGAACAAUUGAUCAUUCCAUGAGCACAACUGUCACUUUUAAGAGAAAAAGAAAGCCUCACACAAAUCACAUUAAUAGUCCUAUCAUUAGUGUGGCACCAAAAUUGGAUGAAGAAUUUCAGCCCAAGUCUAGUGGAAAUCUUGCAGAUUCCCCAAAUUCAGGGAAUGAAGUCAACAAGUCAGAUGGAGACGAACACUUACCAUUGGUCAAAAGGGCAAGGGUUCGUAUGGGAAGAGCUCUUCAGGAUGACACAAUAGUUGAUGAGCGUGUUAUCUCUGAUAACAAAACAGAGCUGGCUAUAAAUGCAAAUAGAUGCCAUAAACAUGACCCAUAUGCAGGAUAUGAAAGGGAUCAUUCAGCUGACAUGCCCCCUAGCAUGGAUCAUUCAUCCAAAGUAGACUUGUUCAUGCCAUCAGGCGACACUCAAACUGCUUGCAAGAACAAAGAAUACCAUUCAAAGGUUUUGUCAUUGGAUGGUGAAGCUGCUUUACCUCCAUCUAAACGCCUUCAUCGUGCCUUAGAAGCUAUGUCUGCUAAUGCAACUGAAAUCAAAGUGCAAAAAUCAGAGGAGUUGAUUCUGAAGGAUUGCGCAGCUUCAGGAGCAAGUUCCCCUUCCAAUAACUCUCUGGAAGCAAUUCCUGAAGUUUCAAGAUCUGUAAUGACUAAAAGUACUGUUUCUUCAAGUGGGCAUUCUUUAGAUACCCCAACUGGUGAAAAGCACAUCUUACAUAAGGAUAUACCCUCUACUAUUCCUUUGGAUUUGAAUAAUGCAUGCAGUCAGAAUUCACUAAAAGAGAAAGCUGUUGAAGAAGAUCACAUGGAUAUCAAGAACAUCCCGCUGACUGUUUGUAGUAGGGCUGAUAAUGAUGUCUGUGGAAAAGCUCCAACCUAUUCAGUGGAGUCAAAAGCAAGUGGGAAUGAAUCAUUGGAACCAAAUGGUGGGUCUGCUGAUGAUUUUGUCAAAAACACUAAUGAGUCUGCUGAACCAGUUAGUCAAGCAAAUGUCGAUAUUCCAAGCUCCAAUGGUAAAUGUAAUUCUGUGCCAUGUGAUGAUACUCGUUUGGCUAAACCAACAGUUAAUGUGUCUGACAGGACAAGUGCAUCUUCUUUGGUCACUAAAAUAUCAUGUAUUCAAUCUGAUGCAAGUUCCCAGAUAUUUGAACCGCACAAUUCCUCAGCAAUCACACUGAAAGAACACAGCCACAGAAUGUACCCUAAGGGUAAGAGUCUAUCUCCAGACUUGAUGCCUAUGAAAGAACUAAUUGCUGCUGCUCAUACUCGAAGAUUCUCUCAGCCAAGUUCUUUCAUAGACAGUUUCCUCUGCUCCAAUGUUGUUCCUGAAUCUUCCAUGAAUGCACCUUCACUCAAGGAACACUCAGGUGGCCAGUGUUCACCUUCAAAUCAUAUAACAAGGUCCGCAACAGAUAGGAUUCAUACUCAAGAAAAUAGUGGUACUAUUCCUUUUGAUAAUAUGGAACAAAAGGGCUUGAACAAAUUAUCAGGUCAUGAUGAAGCCAGUUCUGCAAGGAGGACCUUUGAAGCUUUCCUUGGUUCCUUAACAAGAACAAAAGAAAGUAUAGGUCGUGCAACACGUCUUGCUCUGGAAUGUGAUAAGCAAGGCAUUGCUGGUGAGGUAAUGGAUAUCAUCAUUGAACACCUGGAAAAGGAAACUAAUUUGUAUAAAAGGGUGGACCUGUUCUUCCUUGUCGAUUCAAUAAUACAAUGCUGUCGCAACCAGAAAGGUGGAGUUGGCAAUGCCUUUCCUUCUCUUAUCCAAGCAGUAUUACCCCGAAUACUAUAUGCUUCUGCACCUCCUGGAAAUUCUGCAUGGGAGAAUCGAAGGCAAUGUCUUAAGGUUUUGAAGCUUUGGCUUGAGAGGAAAACCAUUUCAGAAUACAUCAUCCGUCAUCAUAUUAAAGAGCUUGAAGUUCUCAACGAGGCAUCAUUUGGAACCUCUCGUCGUCCAUCAGGGACAGAGAGAGCUCUGAAUGACCCUCUGCGGGAUAAUGAAGGAAUGCUUGUCGAUGAGUAUGGAAGCAACACUGGUUUUCAUCUUCCAAAUUUAAUUUGCACAAAACUACUUGAAGAUGAGGAAGGUAGUUCCUCUGAGGAGAGGAGCUUUGAAGCUGUUACUCCUGAACAUGAAGCUACAGGUGCUAAUGAGCAAGAAGUAUCUCAAAUGCAUGUGGUGAAGCAUCGACUUGUCCUGGAGGAAGUGGAUGGUGACCAUGAAAUGGAGGAUUUAGCCCCAGCCUCUGAAGCAGAAGGGGGAGCUAUCUCCUCACGCCAACCAGAUCUAACUGUUAGAUGUACAACGACCAAGCAAAAGGUUGAUUCUGUUCCACCCUUACCUAAUGAUAAACCUCCUUCUCCUCCUCCAUUGCCAUCAUCUCCACCGCCUUUGCCACGUCCACUCUGUCCUGUUUUUCAAGAUUCACAUGUGCAAGGAGCAUUGGCAGCUGAUCAAGUUCCACAAGAUCCUCCAAGAAAUACCUACAAUGUUCAAGAGCAACACCCCCAUUCUGUUGCAAACAAUAGAGGCAACAUGGAACCUUGUGUAGUUUCAUCGCAUCCUCCAGCGGCCUACAGUUGUGGGUACACUGGGCAUGCAAAUCAGAUGCCACUUCCACCACCACCGCCGCCACCACUGCCGCCUCCGCCUCCUGUAGCACCAUUUCAUCCUCCUGGACCCCCCUUUUCUGGGUCCUCAGUACCACCACACCAUGGAAAUAACUAUCACCAGCCACCAUCAAUGCCACCACCUAAUAAUGCAUAUCACUUACAGCCACCACCCCAUCCACCAUUUCCAAAUCAGUACCCAUAUGUACCACCUGAACACCAACAAAGCACACAACCUUGGAAUUGCAAUUCCUCCUAUACUGAGAGGCAUCAGUACAGUGAGCAUGACAGAGGACAUCAUGCAUAUGAUAGGCAACAUCACUUUCAUCAUAGAGGGCAUCACUUCGACGAUGGAGGGCAUCGCUUUGAUGAUGGACGGCAUUAUUUUGAAGAUGGAGCACAUCAUUUUGAUGAUAGAGGGCAUCCAUUUGAUGAUCGAGGAAAUUACUUCGAUGAUAGAGGACAUCACUUUGAUGAAAGAGCAGUUAGGGGACAAUUGCAUCAUGAAAUUGUUGAUAGAGGAAGGUUUCCCCCACACUUCCCUCCAGGCCCCCCGUUUCCAGACCAUUUUGAUGGUCCAUCCACUCCAUUGCAGUGUGGGCAACCAUCGAAACCUCCACCAGGCCCAGGCCCUGGGUGGUCUAUGCCUCCUAGGAGAUUUAAGUACCCUCCUGACCCUAGACACUCGAUGGACCAUCCAGUUCCCCAUGAAGGAGGUUGGAGGAGGCAUGGAAGACACAAUCAUGACAAACACCCUAGAUGACUGGGACUAGGAGCUUUCUACCUCAUUUACUCAAAACUGUUGUGGAGCCUCAGCUGCGGAGUGGCAAUAUAUUUCGCUACUGGAGGCUCGGAUAAUUUCUGACAACAUUUAAUGGUUAUAUAAUUUUGAUCUGGUCUUCUUUUAGUUUUUGAGCCGUGAAGAGUUCUUCAAUCAAUGUCUUCGUUCAUGUGAGGCUUACCAUGAUAUCUCCUUGCCUAAAGAGAUGGAACCGGCCCCACUGUACAUAUGUAUCUUAGUUCUUAGCAUGUUCUGCAAAAAUGCAGAAACGGAUGGCAGUCCAAUUGUGGGGGAAGAGUUGUCCUGUAUUCAGUUUAGUUAGCCAUAGGUUAUGUCGUUAGCCUAGCAGUUUACCGUCUUAUUGGCAAUAUCCUCGGUAUUUCAAUUUUCCAUCUGUAAUCCAAAUGUUUGUUUAAAUAUGUUUAUCUGAACUGAUUAGCGUUAGGCCAAACCGGACGUUGCAAGUACACAUGAUAGAAGAGGUUUGGAAUUUUGCAUUGAUUGCUAAUUUUUUAAGAGGAAUGCACCGCAGCAUUUUCAAGA